GGGAAGUUCUGGAACCACCCACAGCCUCUUCGAGGGCAGUGAGCACGGCCCCCUUCCUCUGUAAUGACGGGGGAGGCACAAACAGUUCUUGCCUGACAGGAAAAGGAACAACGGGGCUUUGAAUCUGAAUUGGGGGGCUUGUGUUUUAUGUAAACCAGUUCGGUGUGCUCAGUAAAGCCACGGCCAGUGAAGUCACGGAAUGUGGAGAAACUGGAUGAACGGGAAGCGGGUGGCUGGCCUGUAAAUCUGUCACUUUAACAUGAUGUAACUUGCCUGACUGAAACAGAUUAGGACCAACAGGAAGAAUUUUCCGAUUGAUUGUGAGGAAGACAGCACUAAAUUGUAGCACAGGGUCUUACAGCUCGAGGCCCAGUCGGAAGAGAAGGCAUUGGAAGAUUUGAUAAGGAAGCUGUAGCAAGUCAGGUUUCACAGGGGGGAUGCCGGUCCCUCUUAAGAAAAAGAAAACUACAGCCAGAGAGCUUUGGGGAGCCAGGGCGUGUAUUCAACGUCAGCAUCAACUACUUCGGGGGGGCCAGCGGCCCCCGGAAAGAGCGCAGCGCUGGCGUCAGUGCCUAGACGGUGGCUCUCACCUGCCCCGGAAGUACUGUUGCUUUAGAGCCUUGCCUUCCGGGGCAGACUGUCUGUCGCAGCAGCUGGAGGAAAGGGAGGCCAUUUUCCGUUUUUGAGAAGAGUGAGGGGUAAGGGGGGGGAGAAAAGGAAGGGACAGAAAGGGCUCGGCGCCUCCCCGCUGGGCCGUGGACAGUGGGGCAGUUUUGGCAGGCGGGUGAGGUCGCUGCGGGCCCGGAGGAGAUGUUUUCCCUGUCGAGCACAGUGCAGCCCCAGGUUACAGUUCCUCUGAGUCAUCUCAUCAAUGCCUUCCAGUCACCAAAAACCACGUCUAUUUCUGUCGGUGCAUCAAUUUCUCAAAACCAACAUCGAGAUGUGGUUCCUGAGCAUGAGACUCCUAGCAAUGAGGCUGUACUGAAUUUAAGGGACCUUGGAUUAUCUGAAUUAAAAAUUGGACACAUUGAUCAACUGGUAGACAGUCUACUUCCUGGAUUUUGUAAAGGCAAAAACGUUUCUUCCCAUUGGCGUACAUCUCAUGUCUCUGCACAGUCCUUCUUUGAAAAUAAAUAUGGUUACUUAGAUAUGUUUAGUACUUUACGUUCCUCUGGCUUGUAUAGACAACGUUCAAGAACUCUUAAAAGCAUUUGUUCAGAUCUUCAGUACUGGCCAGUUUUCAUACAGUCUCGGGGUUUUAAAACUUUGAAAUCAAGGACACGACGUCUGCAGUCUACCUCUGAAAGAUUAGCAGAAACACAGCAUAUAGCACCAUCAUUCGUGAAGGGAUUUCUUUUGCGGGACAGAGGAACAGAUGUUGAGAGUUUGGACAAACUCAUGAAAACCAAAAACAUACCUGAAGCUCACCAAGAUGCAUUUAAGACUGGUUUUGCAGAGGGUUUUCUGAAAGCUCAAGCACUAACACAAAAAACCAAUGAUUCUCUAAGACGAACUCGUCUGAUUCUCUUUGUUCUGCUGCUAUUCGGCAUUUAUGGACUCUUAAAAAAUCCAUUUUUAUCUGUCCGCUUCCGGACAACAACAGGGCUUGAUUCUGCAGUAGAUCCUGUCCAGAUGAAAAAUGUCACCUUUGAACAUGUUAAAGGAGUGGAGGAAGCUAAACAAGAAUUACAGGAAGUUGUUGAAUUCUUGAAAAAUCCACAAAAAUUUACUGUGCUUGGGGGUAAACUUCCAAAAGGAAUUCUUUUAGUUGGACCACCAGGGACAGGAAAGACACUUCUUGCCAGAGCUGUGGCCGGAGAAGCCGAUGUUCCUUUUUAUUAUGCUUCUGGAUCAGAAUUUGAUGAGAUGUUUGUGGGUGUGGGAGCCAGCCGUAUAAGAAAUCUUUUUAGGGAAGCAAAAGCAAAUGCUCCUUGUGUUAUAUUUAUUGAUGAAUUAGAUUCUGUUGGUGGGAAGCGAAUUGAAUCUCCAAUGCAUCCAUAUUCAAGGCAGACUAUAAAUCAACUUCUUGCUGAAAUGGAUGGGUUUAAACCCAAUGAAGGAGUUAUCAUCAUAGGAGCCACAAAUUUUCCAGAGGCAUUAGAUAACGCCUUAAUACGUCCUGGUCGUUUUGACAUGCAAGUUACAGUUCCAAGGCCAGAUGUAAGAGGUCGAACAGAAAUUUUAAAAUGGUAUCUGAACAAAAUAAAGUUUGAUCAGUCUGUUGAUCCAGAAAUCAUAGCUCGAGGUACUGUUGGCUUUUCUGGAGCAGAGUUGGAGAACCUUGUGAAUCAAGCUGCAUUAAAGGCAGCUGUUGAUGGAAAAGAGAUGGUUACCAUGAAGGAACUAGAGUUUUCCAAAGAUAAAAUUCUAAUGGGGCCUGAACGUAGAAGUGUGGAAAUUGAUAACAAAAACAAAACCAUCACAGCUUAUCAUGAGUCUGGUCACGCUAUUAUUGCAUAUUACACUAAAGAUGCAAUGCCUAUCAACAAAGCUACGAUCAUGCCACGAGGGCCAACACUUGGACAUGUGUCCCUGCUGCCUGAGAAUGACAGAUGGAAUGAGACCAGAGCUCAGCUGCUUGCACAAAUGGAUGUUAGUAUGGGAGGAAGAGUGGCCGAGGAGCUCAUAUUUGGAACUGAUCAUAUUACAACAGGUGCUUCCAGUGAUUUUGAUAAUGCAACCAAAAUAGCAAAGCGGAUGGUUACCAGAUUUGGAAUGAGUGAAAAGCUUGGAGUUAUGACCUACAGUGAUACAGGAAAACUGAGUCCAGAAACUCAAUCUGCUAUUGAACAAGAAAUCAGAAUCCUUCUAAGGGACUCAUAUGAACGAGCGAAACAUAUCUUGAAGACUCAUGCAAAAGAGCAUAAGAAUCUGGCAGAAGCUUUAUUGACCUAUGAGACUUUGGAUGCCAAGGAGAUUCAAGUUGUUCUUGAGGGGAAGAAAUUGGAAGUGAGAUGAUAACUCUCUUGAAAUGGAGGCAUUGCUGGUUUUAUUGCAAGAAUAUAAGUAUCAUUGCAGUAAUCUCCUUUUGCAAUGCUUUUCUCCCAUUCUUGACUUGAUAUCACUCAAGAGUGUGAAAUACUUUGUUGAUAUUUGUCACAGUUAUCUAAUUAUGGUUAUUCUCAUGAUGGACACCUACUGCAAAUAGCAAACAUAUUAAAGAAAAUAAAGAACUAUCAGGAUUGAAAACAGCUUGUUUGAAAAUGUCAAUCAGUUAUUAAGUUGAAAAUAAGUAAUGAUUUUAUGGGUGGUUAUUGUACUAGAUGUGAAUAAAAAUUGUGCCUUUAGCUCCUGGGAAGUAUUUUUAGUUAGCAAAGUAAAAUUGUUGAAGGGUUGUCUUUAUUUCUAGAUCAUACCAUUGAUCUUUGAUAAAGAAAUGAUGCUAUUUGGCUGUUGGUAAACCAUAUUUCUACGUACAUCAGUGGAAACUUCAUUAAGAUGCACUUAAUCAUGCUCCACAUUGACCAUAUAUAAAAUGGUUUUUAAAAAUCUAAGAGUAGAGAAUUGUAAACGUACAGAUAGAAUCAGGAUUUAAAUGAUUCUAACCUUUUAAAAAUGCAUCUUGCAUUUAUUUUCACAGUGUUUUUUUAAAACAUUACUAUCACUCUAAUGACAUUUAUUUUAUAGCAGCAGUAUUUUGUUAAUUAAACAAGUAACACACUUCAAAUUCAUAUAGUUAUGCUUGGUAUUGAAAGCAAAAUAGAACCAAAAAGUCAGUCCCUUCAAAGUGAACUUUUGAAUUACCCUGUGUUAGAAAUGGAAAGUUGUGUUUACCUUUCCUUCAGAUUUUGUGAAUAUGAAUGUGUUGUUACAGGCUUUACAGAUGAAUUUACUUAACUCAAUAGAGUAAUUAUUUUAGAGGACAUUGUAUUGGUUUUACAACCAAAUUAUAUUCUUGAUGUGAUUUUAUUAAAAUUACAUACAGUUUUCUAAUAACUUUUAUGCUGGAUAUGGUCUUCAUUGAAGAAGUUGAUAGAGGGAGCUUGCUAUGCACUAUUUUUGCCACCUUUUUUGGUAAUUUUAAAUUUUUAUGUACUUUCAAUCUUACAGAAAUGUUAUCAGAAUAAUACAAGGCACUCCCAUAUACCCUUGAUCCAGAUUCACCAAUUAUUUUCAUUUACCCCAUUUUUUUUUAUUGUGCCCCUUCCUUUCUCUUCUCCUCCCUCCCUCCCUCUCCCUUUUUCUGUGUAUAUGUUUAUGUAUGUGUGUGUACAUGUCUUUGUGUGGCUGUGUGUUUUCCUUUCUCUUGGUUACUUCUAGAAUUGAAAUGGCUGGGUCGUGUGGUAAGUUAUUGUUUAACUUUUUAAGAACCUGAUGAACUGUUUUCAAAAUAACUAUACAAUUUUAUGUUCCAACUACUAAUGUAUGAUGGUUCCAGUUUCUCCACAUCUUCUACUGUACUUCUUGUAGUCUGUCUUUUUGAUAAGGCUAUUCUAGUGGGUAUGAAGUAGUAUCUCACUGUGGAUUUAAUUUACGUUUCUCUAGGACUAGUGUUGUUGAGUAGCCUCUCCUAUGCUAUUGGCCAUUUGUGUAUCUUCUUUGGAGAAAUGUCUAUUCAAAUCUUUUACCCCCUUCCCCCCCUUUUUUUGGGUUGUUUGUCUUAUGUGUUGUAAGAGAUCAUGUAUUCUGAAUACAAGUCUUUUUAUCAAAUGGAUUUUGCUUUUUUUAUCCAGUCUGACAAUCUGUCACUUGAGUGGGGUGUUUAGUUCAUUCAUAUUUAAUAUUGAUAUAGUUGUUUUUACAUUGGCAAUUUUGCUAUUUCUUUUCUGUUCUCAUAUCUAAAGUGAUCCCUCUGUUCCUCCUUUUUUGAGUUACAUUUUAGUGGUUGCUCUAUGGAUGACAGUAUGCAUCUUAACUUAUCACAGUCUAUUUCAAAAUAAUACAGAUUUAAUUCUGGUAAAAUGUGGGAACUUUAUUUCUAUCUCCUUUUCUUCUCUUCUUUGUGCUCUUGUUGUCAUAUGUUACAUCUGUACAUGUUAAAGCUUAACAAUACAGUGACAUUACUCCUGCUUUAUGUAAUCAUAUGCUCAGUCUUUAUCUGGGAAUGUCUUUAUUUUGCCUUUGUUUUUUAAGAAUCAUUUUGCUGGAUGUAGAAUACAUGGUUGACAGUUUUUUCUUUAGUCACUUUGAAUAUGGUAUCCCACAGACCCCUGACUUGCAUUAUUUUUCAUGAGCAGUCAGCUGUUAAUUAUAAUUUUGGUCUUCUUUUGUAAUAGGUUGUUUUUUUUCUUGCACCUUUCAAGAUUUUUUUCUUAGCCUUGUCUUUUAACAGUUUGAUUAUAAUGUGUUUAGGUGUAGCUCUCCAUGUGAUUUUUCCUACUUGGGAUUUGUUGAGCUUUUUGGAUCUGUAGAUUAAUGUUUUUCAUCAGAUUUGAGAAGUUUUGGCAAUUAUUUCUUCAAAUAUAUUUAUCUGUCCUUUUCUCUCUCUCUUUUCCUUGUGGGAUUCUUGUCAUAUGUGUGUUGAUACAUUUGAUGUUGAUCUGGUGUCUGAGACUUUGUUCAUUUGCUGAUUCUUCAAGUUCACUGCUUCUUUCUUCUGCCAUCUCAAAUCCACUGAAUUUAUCAUUUCAGAGAUUGUAUUUUUCAGCUCCAAGUUUCCAUUUGUUCUUUCAUAUACUUUGUAUCUCUUUAUUGAGAUUCUUCAUGCAUUACAUCAUUUUCAUCAUAGUUUUCAUUAAGUCUUUAAACAUGACUUCCAUUAGUUCUUUGAACAUGUUCAUAAUAGCUGCUUUUGGGUCUUUGCUAAAUCCAGCACUUGGAGACACUCAGUUUCUAUUUAAUGCUUUUCUUCCUUAGUAAGGGUCACACUUGUUUCUUUGCUGUCUUGUUGAAUUUCAGAUAAUGUAGCAGUUACAGAUUCUGAUUUUCUCCCCAGAGUGGUGUUCUUGUUUUGUUUAGUAUCUUGCCUUCAGUAAAUUUGUGAAGUCUGUCUCUACUACAAUAUGCAGCCACUUAUGAUAUCUCUGCCUAUUUUUUAAAAUUUUGAAUCUUGCUUCCUGAAGGUCUGUUGCAUCUGCAUAGCUUAGCAUUAUCCAAAGAUUGAACAGAGGUUGUGUUCAAUCCCCAUCAGUCAGGCCCUCCAUUCUGCUGAUGGAUCUGUGUGUGGAAUGGUGAGUACAUUUAGUAUUCAGGUCAUUUGCAAGACUGCCCUGGUUUUUGCUUUCUAAUGAGCUUUUUUGCUUCUCCUUAGUGCAUAUGUGCAGGCUUUGGCAAUCAUAGAUGUGUGGGUGGCUUGAACCAGCUUCACUUUCUGCUCUGCAUGCCUCUGGUAAAUCUGGAGUAUAUGGAGCACGUGUCAAACCCAGAUGGCUGUCUUACCUCCCAGAACUUCCAGCUACUCCAUUCGUUGUUUGCCCCAAACAGUUCUGCAGCCUCAGGCUAGAGAACUUUGCUUACCACUGAGAUCCCCACUUUACCUUACAAUGCAUGGAGUCAAGUGUGUCUCUCUGGCAGUGGCAGCAAGCUCUGGCGUGGGAUGUGAGGGCACACCACUACAGACUCACAAUGUUCUUGCCUGAACUUCGGUGGUUUUCAUGAAUAAACACUUCUUAGUUUGUUGUAGAUCUUCAGUUGAUUUCCAGAGUACCUACAUGGUAGUUUUUAAACAAUUUUAUCCAACUUAAGAGUUGCUGUUUUAAAAGUGGAGUUGAUUGGUCAGCCUCCUCACAUCAUCAUGCUGAAAGUAAAUCUCCCUGACUUAUUUUGAAUCACACUCCACUCAAAACAGUUUAAUAAGAAUGGACUUAGGACUUGUAAACCUUUCAAAGCUAUCCAUUCAAAGCUACUAGUAUGCCAGAGUUUCGCAUGUAACCCAUAUCUAUUAAAUUGAUUGCUUUUGGUAAUUGAUAUGUUUUAUUUUUAGAUACUCUUUGUAUUUGUUCAUAUUCAUUUUAAAGUAAAUACUGAGUUAUUUCAAUCCAGCAAGUUAUGAGCAUAUUUCUUAAUGUAAGUAUGUAAUAUUUUAAUAAAAUAUGUUGGAAUGUA